AUGAUCAAGAACCUCGCAGUGGCCGCUGCCAGUCUGCUGCCUGCCCACCAGCAGCACACAGCACUCCUUCCCCUGCUCCCCCUGCUGCCCAACCGUCAAGUUGCGUCAACUCUGCCGAGCCAAGCUUUCCCAAACCAGGCUGUGACGAACCAAGGGGGUAAGGAAGCCUUCACCUGCCCCGAGCCAGGCUGUCAGCACAACGAGCACCACCCACGCUUCCGCCCCCUCAAGUCCCUCGCCUCCCUUCACACCCACCACCUCCGUGUGCAUGGCGCCAAGCCCUUCUCCUGCUCCCGGUGUCAGGUGAGCCUCUUCUUUCACUUUACUCCACUGUCUCUCUUCUCCUCUCCUCCCACCGGUUUGCUCAAGUCCCUUGCCUCGCUCCACACCCACCACCUCCGUGUGCAUGGCGUCAAGCCCUUCACGUGCUCUCGGUGCCAGGUGAACCACCUUCCACUUUACUCUCCUGUCCUGUCCUCUCCUCUCCCCCGCCCGGUCAAGUCCCUCGCCUCCCUGCACACCCACCACCUCCGUGUGCAUGGCGCCACCAAGCCCUUCACCUGCUCCUGCUGUCAGGUGAGCCUCUUCUUUCACUUUACUCCACUGUCUCUCUUCUCCUCUCCUCCCACCGGUUUGCUCAAGUCCCUUGCUUCGCUGCACACCCACCACCUCCGCAUGCAUGGCGCCAAGCCCUUCACGUGCUCCCGUUGUCAGAUCAAGUCCUUCGCCCUCCAAUCCGACUUGCGAGCGCACGAGAAGCAGUGCGGUGUAAAGCGGUGGCACUGCUCCUGCGGGAACUCCUUCAGCAGAAAGGACAAACUUGCCAACCACCUCAACACCUUCACAGACCACUCCCCUCUCUACAACCUCCAGCCAGUCGACAUCCCCAUUCAGCCCAAGCAGAAGCUGCAGAAGAAGAGACAGCCUGAGGCCCAGACGAAGCAGCUAGAGGCACCUCAGAGCGCCAGCCACAUCAGCCACGUGGCAGUCAAGGACCUGUCCCCUGCCAGCCACAUCAGCCACGUGGCAGUGAAGGACCAGUCUCCUGCGAGUCACCUGGGGAUUCCUGAGUCGACUCAAAAACAGUAUCCUGCCGGUCACCUGCAUCAGCAGAGCCAGCAACCCCAACAGUCACAGCAGACCCAGCAGACCCAGCAGCAUGAGCAGGCUCAACAGGCCCCACUGAUACACGAGAUACACGCAUCCCCUGCCCUCGCCACCCUGCCAGUGAACACGCCUAUGCCACCCCUGCAGACCCAGCAGCAUCAGCAGUAUCAGCAGACCCAGCAGCAUCAGCAGCAGCAGCAGCAGCAGCAGCAGGCUCAAAAGGCCCCACUGAUACACGCAUCCCCUGCCCUCGCCACCGUGCCAGUGAACACGCCUAUGCCACCCCUGCAGACCCAGCAGCAUCAACAGCAGCAGUCUCAGCAGCAGCAGCAGCAGCAGCAGUCUCGACAGCAGCAGAAUCAGCAGGCUCAAAAGGCCCCACUGAUACACGCAUCCCCUGCCCUCGCCACCGUGCCAGUAAACACGCCUGUGCCACCCCUGGAGGCACCCUUGGAUUUUCUGCCAAUAGUGGAAGCACAUGCUCAUAUGUGGAGCGGUGGUGAUGCUGACAUGUCAGCAUCAAAUCGUGGUGCUGACAUGUCAACAUCGGAUCGCGACGCUGACCUGUCAGCGCUGGAGGCGUCGUGGUGGGCGAUUAUUGAUUCGGGGAAGAAUGAGGACCUCGGGGCUUCGUGCCAGCUGAUCCUCUUGGCUCUGCAGCAGCAGCAGCAGCAGCAGCAGCAGCAGCAGCAGCAGCAGCAGCAGCAGCAGCAGCAGCAGCAGCAGCAGCAGCAACAGCAGGAACAACGACCGCAGCAGCAGCAGCAACAGUCGCAACAGCACUUACAGCAGCAUCAACAGCAGCGGCAGCAGCAGCAACAACCACGACAAGCCUCUCAACCCCUCAUCACAGCCUCAUUCACGGGGUUCCUGAGGAUAGCACAGGGGUAG